AUGAACGAGCACAGAAAACGGCUUUCUAGGCGUCUGAACCCAGACUACUUUUCCUCCGCGUCGACGGAUGUGAGGCGGUUGGGCCGAGCCUCGCGUGCCAAUUCCGCGGAGUUUAGACGCUCUCUCACGGGGACUCUAGCCGUAUUGUGCGUCAUCUCCAUCGCUGCCGUUUUGUUAUUUUUCUCCAUUGAGGAAACAUGGCAACUCCCGCCGCGGUCAACCCGUCCGAGAUGGGCAGUGAGUUGCCAGGCACAGUGGCGAUGCCGGGGGCCGUGGGAGGUGGUCCGGUGAGGAUGGGAGGAGCUGUGCCAGGCCGGGGGGGCAAGAGGAGAUCUGGAGGAAUGGACUUUGAUGACGAAGACGGAGAGGGACCGAGCAAAUUUUCAAGGUAUGAUGAUGAUGAUGAUGAGGAUGAUGAUGAGAUUCCUGGUGGGGAUAAGGAGAGAUUCGCCAGAGAGAACCACAGUGAGAUAGAGCGACGCCGGCGCAACAAAAUGACCCAGUACAUCACCGAGCUGUCAGACAUGGUCCCUACCUGCAGCGCCCUGGCCCGGAAGCCUGACAAACUGACCAUCCUGCGUAUGGCUGUCUCCCAUAUGAAAUCCAUGAGGGGCACUGGCAACACGUCCACUGAUGGGGCCUAUAAGCCCUCCUUCCUCACUGAACAGGAACUGAAGCAUCUGAUCCUGGAGGCGGCGGACGGCUUCCUGUUUGUGGUUGCUGCGGAGACGGGUCGGGUGAUAUACGUGUCGGACUCGGUGGCGCCGGUGCUGAACCAUCCCCAGGCAGAGUGGUUUGGCAGCACUCUGUAUGAACAGGUCCACCCUGACGAUGUGGACAAGCUGAGGGAACAGCUCAGUACUUCAGAAAACUCCAUGACAGGGCGGAUUCUGGACCUGAAGACAGGAACAGUGAAGAAGGAGGGCCAGCAGUCCUCCAUGAGGAUGUGCAUGGGCUCCCGACGGUCCUUCAUCUGCCGCAUGAGGUGCGGUACUGCUCCUCUGGAUCACAUCUCCCUAAACCGCCUGUCUAACAUGAGGAAGAGAUACAGGAAUGGCCUUGGACCCUCAAAAGAAGGAGAGGCUCAGUACUCUGUGGUGCAUUGCACUGGCUACAUCAAAGCCUGGCCCCCUGCAGGUAAACAAACACACACACUCAUACACUUCCUGAACUGGAUGCUCUGGUCUCUAUCCCUGCUUAACCCAAACUUCACCUCACUGCAUGAGUCCCUGCUCAGAGACUUGCUGGGGAAAGAUAUUCUGGAGUUCUGCCAUCCUGAGGACCAGAGUCACUUGAGAGAAAGUUUCCAACAGGUGGUGAAGUUGAAGGGUCAGGUUCUGUCUGUGAUGUAUCGUUUCCGAAUGAAGAACAGAGAGUGGAUGCUGAUCCGAACCAGCAGCUUCACCUUCCAGAACCCGUACUCUGACGAGAUAGAGUACAUCAUCUGCACCAACACCAACGUCAAGCAGCUACAGCAGCAGCAGCAAGCGGAGCUGGAGGUGCACCAAAGAGAUGGACUGACUGCCUACGAUCUUUCCCAGGUGCCUGUGGCCAGCGUCAGCAGCGGAGUCCAUGAGGCAGGGAAGAACAUCGACAAGACAGAAGUCCUGUUCUCUCAGGAGAGAGACCCGCGCUUUGCUGAGAUGUACACAGGCAUCGCUGGCUCGGCAGAUAAGAAGAUGAUGGUUCCCUCCUCUACAGCUGGAGGACAGCAGCUCUACUCUCAGAGCUCUCCCUUCCAGCAGGGACACGCUGGCAAAAGCUUCAGUUCCUCUGUGAUCCAUGUCCCCGGUGUGAACGACAUCCAGCCGUCAGGCUCCACCAAUCAGAACCUAGCUCAGAUCUCCAGACAGCUCAAUCCAGGCCAGGUGGCAUGGUCAGGCAACCGCCCCCCCUUCUCUGGACAGUCCAGUAAAGCCCAGUCCAGUCCAUUUGGUAUUGGUUCUGGCCACAGCUACCAGACCGACCCGGCCUCCUACAGUCCCCUGUCGUCCCCGGCCACUUCCUCCCCCAGCGGCAAUGCCUACUCCGGACUGACAAACCGCAGCACAGCUUUUGAUGUGUCGGGGGAGAGCAGUCAGAGUGGAGCCCAGUUCCAGGGUCGGCCCAGUGAGGUCUGGUCCCAGUGGCAGAACCAGCAUCACUCCCAGCAGGCCGGGGAACAGCACACACACCCCAACCCCAGCCAGACAGAAGUCUUCCAGGACAUGUUGCCCAUGGCCGGAGAUCCCACCCAGGGAACAGCCAACUACAACAUAGAGGACUUCGCUGACCUCGGCAUGUUCCCUCCCUUCUCUGAGUAAUACACACCGCCCCCCCCUCUCCUCCUCUCUCCCUCUCAGAACUGGACUGAAGUUUGUGUUCAUCUGUCAUGUUGUCUCAUUUUUCUAUAUUGCUGGAUCACCAACACGCAGCUGAUGUGCAGCACGGUGAAUGUCUGGGUGCACAUACACACACACAGGCCUGCAGUAUGUACCUGUGAGCAUACACAUACCUCAUCUGUGCAAAGAGGAUCCCUGCUGACAGAUGGAGGGCUCAUCAGUCAACCGGUCUCAGCUCUCUGUCUUCACACUGAGAGACAUCGUCUCCAGCUCUCAGAACCAAUGGCGCCGUCUGUGCGGCUCCCUGCAGGCAGCAUCAGCAUGACCAGAGGAGGCCAGUCAGCGUUAUCUGUCACAGACUAGCACUGUGAUUAGCACAGAUUUUACUCUUCCUGUCUUUCACAUUUGACAAAGUCAUUUUUUGUCAGCAGUCCAUGCAGAUGACCAAAAUGUAUGCCUGUGCCAAUUACACAUACGCUGCACCCAGUGAUGGGCAGAGCUGCCUGAUGCCAGCAUCCACAUCUGGUUUGGAGUAUGUCAGGUCUUUUAUCAGGAUGGAAUUACAACAUAAAUCAUUCUGCUCUCAACAACAAAGGGACAAGCUGUUCCAUGCUCCUCAUCGGCUGCACAGCAUCUACACCGUGAGUCAGUCCAUGUCACUAGAAGUAGUACCUCAACAGGGUUGACACAAAGCACCGUCUGAAGGUUCGAGCCAAGAUUUUAUUCUUUUCAAGUUGCUUUUAAUGUGCUCAUUUUAGCUCCUGUUGUACAACUGAAAAUUUGACCUAAAUAUUACUUUAUUGACUUAACAAGAAAGAUUUGAUCAGAUAAUGUAUCAUUUUGGGCUUAGUGGUGGUGUUGAUGUAGAGCUGACACAGAGUUCCACAGUACAGUGUCUUCACAUUUCAUUACAUUUAUCAUUACUUAUCUGUACAAUGCCACAACAGUUGCCCAAAGUUUUCAGAGUACUUGCUCAACUGUGAUUGGGUUUUCAAAAUGACUGCAAAACAUGAACUUACUACGGAAGCCCAGAGAGGCAAGCGAGACAUUCUGGUGAUCCAAGUCUGAUCUAAAGAGUUUUCUUUUCUGUGUUUAUGACUCAAGAACAGUAGAAACAAAAGCUGUUGGCAUGAGAAUUUUCUUUGAGUUGUAAUUUGUAACAAGGGAGAAGACUAUUCAGAUCAAAUUUAGAAAAUGCAUCACCACAAUAUCAUUUUUCACACUUGCCUCUCAGGGCUUCCAUAACUACUCUGUGCACAUUGAAUGAUCCAUUUUCAAAAGAAGACGUAGAGAUAAUAGGUAGUGUCCCUCAUCAUUGUGCACCAUGCCUAUAGGGCUGAGAGUGAGCAGCACAUCAUCCAUCACAGUCUCAACACUCCCAUACAGCAGCACUUAUAUUCUAGUGUUCACCACAGGUUAAUAUGCGCUCAGCCAGUUCAUAUAACUAUAACAAUAACAUGCACUAAGUCGUACAUUUGAGCAGCCACAUGUAUCGUAAUGUGACACAGAAGCUGCUGCAGAUAUUAUUAUCAGAGCAAGUCUGGUUUAUGUUCAGCCAACGUACAACACAGUCAUGUUGACAUCCAUUCAUGAAUAAUUGUAUCGGCAUGCUUCAUGCGUGAGCAUAUGUACAGAAUAUCACAAUAGGACCAAUAAAGCAGCAGUGGACCGACCGCCUCCUCUGGUAACACCUGCAGUGACUGUGGAGAGCAGCAGUCGAGUCAGCAUAACUCCGUAUCGAUGUUCCCACUCAGUGAGAUUCCUGUGAGUGUUGUAGAUGUCCACCUCCAUCUGCCGGGUGCAGCCUCUUGCACACCAUCGCUGCCGGAGAGGAGCAGCUGCUGCUGUCCUCCCUCUCCACAUCAACCUUACUGUGUGAACUGUGUGUAGUGAUGUCCACAACCUGAUGCGAGUAUUGAAGGAUUCUAUGUAUAAAUUUAAAUUUAAAUAAAAACACUCAUUGCAGACAGUUGCUAAACUAAGGCUUAAAGUGCACUUCAUGAAGCUAACUGCUAAUCUCACCAGCCUGCUUUAAAAGGGAAAAACCGCCAUACCGUCCAAGCAAAGCGCAGUAUUUAGUGUAUUUGGUGUUCUUCAGCUCUGGCUACUUGACUUUAUUACUUUAUAAUCUUUUCAACUAUUAAGAGACUGAAUAAUACUUUCUAGCGGGGAGCUUUUACAUGAUAGAUUGUAUAAUCUCUCUGACAGACGGAUAUGAGAACCUCCAACAGACAUCAGAGUCCUUUUGCUAAAGAUCUCAAAUCCACGUUUUUUGUAAAUAAUGCGAUUUUUAUGUCGACUCGUGUUACUUUCACACAGUACAUGUUUUUUGUGUAGGUUUUAAUGAUAUUGUGUGCAAUGUGAGUACAUAUUUAACUAUUGGUAUUUAGUUAGUCUGUUAAUUGUACAUUGAGUUCUAGACCUGUAUAAAUUGUGUAAAUGUGACCCAUUAUUUUUGUGUAACAAAUUGUGCUUGUGUCAAUAAAUUCUUAUUGGUUACGUGGCUUCCA